AUGAAUUCUAUCGGCAAACGCACCGAAUCUCACCCGGACGACCUGGUGGCCCUGCGUUUCAUCUCCAUCAACUCCAUCAUUGACCCCUGGGUGUUUAUCCUCCUCUCCCCCAGCGUCAUGCACUUCUGCUGGGCCUCGGUGUGCAGGGCUCCGCGGGGCACAGCCAGGGGGUCCAUCUUCAAACUGUCUCUGAGCAAACAGAACUCAGCGGUGCAGCAAGAACUCUCGCGACCCACGUUGGAGUUUACUGAGAACUGUAACAACCAGUCUGAGGCGGGAACCCUAUGA